AUGAAGCACUUGGAAAGCGUACUCUGCAAGAGGGAAGAAUGGCCAUUCGAUGCAGCCACCGCCAUCUUGGCAUCCUCUGCUCCUAUCGGCGCCACAGCCAUCAUCAGUGCUGUCGCUACCACCGCCAACAAAGCGACCAAGACCACCAAGGCAGGAAGAGCGUCCAAGAAUGCUGACGACAAAGAAAACAACGACGACAGCACAACAGCAGAAGCAGCACCCAAAAAGAAACGCAAGGUCGCUGCCACCAUCAAGGAACCGAAACCCCCUCUCCUGGGCGACGGCAAGACCCGCUGUAUCUGGGCUGACAAUCCCCGGUACCCUCUCCUGCAAGCCUACCAUGACGAGGAAUGGAACCACCCCGAGGGGUUCAACCACACCAACCGAUACCUCUUUGAGCUCCUCAUCCUCGAAGGAGCGCAGGCAGGACUCUCUUGGUCCACCGUCCUCCACAAGCGUGAGGCAUACCGCGAAGCCUACCACCAGUUCGACUACCACCGCAUCGCAACUAGCUACAAAUCCCCUGCGGAUAACGAUCGACUGUUGCAGACCAACAUUGUGAAGAACAGGCUCAAGGUCCAGGCAUCAAUGGUGAACGCAAAGGCGUUCUGUGAGCUGUUGGAGGAGCUAUACCCGGACCAGACUGGAUUGGAUGACGAGAAGGGGUUCUGGAUGUUCUUGCAGAAUUACAAAAAGAAGGCGAGCAAGAGUAAGAGAGAUCCGACAGAGUACUUGACCCGCAGCGCGGAAUCUGAUCGGCUGAGCGAAGAUCUCAAAAAGCGUGGCUUCAAGUUUGUUGGCUCGACAAUUAUGUACGCGUAUUUGCAAGCAGCCGGGAUUGAGCAAGAUGGGAUUCAACACACUACAGGAUGCUUCCGACACCACAAGAACUAG